AUGGAAACAUAUAUAAAUUUACCAAAAUGUAAAUAGAAAAAUACAAGAUAAAAAGUUUUUGAAUUUUUGUUAGUAUUAGGUAGGAGUUCUAAUAAAAAUUAUUUUAAUUUCCUUUAAUGUAUUUAAUAUAAUUCUCAAUAAUUAUAACACGAAUAAAAGGAUUUAAAUAUAAAUAAUAAACCAAAGCACGGAUUUGUCGGUUUAAAGAAUUUCGGAUGUACUUGCUAUAUAAAUAGUCUUUUAUAAUAAUUUUUUAUGAUGAAAGAUUUGAGAAAUUUCUUUAUUAAUUAACCUUUAAUACUUGAAAACAAUUAAUAAUAAGACUAGCAAAAAGAAUAAAAUAUUAAUUAAUUAGAUCAAAAUAUAUCUUAUUAAUUAAAACAUUUAUUUAUUUACAUGCAAGAGUCUAUUAAAUAAUAUAUCUAACCAUUUAACUUUAUUUGUUCUAUUCGAAGUUAUGACGGAGAGCCAAUAAAUGUAUUGGUUUAGUAAGAUGUGAACGAAUUUUUUCAUUUAUUAACAGAUAAAAUAGAUAAUGAAUUUAAAAAUACAAAUAAUAAAUAAAUGCUGUAAACAUUAAUAGGAGGCACUUUAUGUAAUUAACUGAUUUCAUUAGAAAGCGAAUAUCCUUAUUGUGCAGAAACAUUCGAACCGUUUCUUACUAUAAGCUUGGAUAUACAAAACUGCAGUAAUAUUGAAUAAGCAAUGGAUGCAUUUGUAAAAGGAGAUACUUUAGAAGGCUCGAAUAAAUAUUAUUGUGAAAAUUAUGGAAGAAAAUUAAAAGCUUAAAAAAAAGUUUAUGUCAAUUAAUUAUCAAAUAAUCUUAUUAUUACUUUAAAAAGAUUUGAAUUCGAUUAUUAAUUAAUGCAAAAGAAAAAAAUAAAUGAUUAUUUUGAAUUUACUCUUUCUUUAAAUAUAUCUAAAUGGGCAUUCUAAAAUGAAGAAUAAUAAGUUGACCCGAAUUAUUAUCAAUAUGAUUUAGUAGGUAUUCUUGUGCAUAGUGGGACCGCAGAAUCUGGUCAUUAUUAUUCAUAUAUUAUGAAUAGAGAAGAUAAAAAUUGGUAUGAAUUUAAUGAUACAUAAGUAACAGAAUUUAACAUUAAUAAAUUAAAAGAAGAAUGUUUUGGAGGAUAACAAAAUAAUAAUAAUAAUAAUUACUAUGGAUUUUAAAAUGUUAAUUUUUAAUUUUUUGAUUUAUUUAAUAUUUUUUUUAAAUAAAAUAUAAAUAGAGUAAAAAUGCUUAUUUGCUAUUUUACGAAAGAAGAAUUCACAUAAAUCAUGAUUUGGAGCAUUUAGUUAAAACAUAAGAAAAUAGUGAAUAAAAUUUAAAAGAGAAUAUUUUAAAAGAAAAUCUUAACUAUUUGA